CACCUCUUAGCAACUUCUCCAGCAACAGGUGAUUCAACCACUGCAACAACAGGUGAUUCAACUACUGCAGCAACAACCGGGUCAACUAUUGCAACAACAGGCGAUUUAACUACUGCAACAACAGGCGAUUCAACUACUGCAGCAACAACCGGGUCAACUACUGCAGCAACAACCGGGUCAACUAUUGCAACAACAGGCGAUUCAACUACUGCAACAACAGGCGAUUCAACUACUGCAGAAACAGGCGAUUCAACUACUGCAGCAACAGGCGUUUCAACUACUGCAACAACAGGCGAUUCAACUACUGCAGCAACAACCGGGUCAACUACUGCAGCAACAACCGGGUCAACUAUUGCAACAACAAGCGAUUCAACUACUGCAACAACAGGCGAUUCAACUACUGCAACAACAGGCGAUUCAACUACUGCAGAAACAGGCGAUUCAACUACUGCAACAACAGGCGAUUCAACUACUACAGCAACAACCGGGUCAACUACUGCAGCAACAACCGGGUCAACUAUUGCAACAACAGGCGAUUUAACUACUGCAACAACAGGUGAUUCAACUACUGCAGGAACAGGCGAUUCAACUACUGCAGAAACAGGCGAUUCAACUACUCCAGCAACAGGCGUUUCAACUACUGCAACAACAGGCGAUUCAAAUACUGCAACAACAGGCGAUUCAACUACUGCAGCAACAACCGGGUCAACUACUGCAGCAACAACCGGGUCAACUAUUGCAACAACAGGCGAUUUAACUACUGCAACAACAGGCGAUUCAACUACUGCAGCAACAACCGGGUCAACUACUGCAGCAACAACCGGGUCAACUAUUGCAACAACAGGCGAUUCAACUACUGCAACAACAGGCGAUUCAACUACUGCAGAAACAGGCGAUUCAACUACUGCAACAACAGGCGAUUCAACUACUGCAGCAACAACCGGGUCAACUACUGCAGCAACAACCGGGUCAACUAUUGCAACAACAGGCGAUUCAACUACUGCAACAACAGGCGAUUCAACUACUGCAGAAACAGGCGAUUCAACUACUGCAACAACAGGCGAUUCAACUACUGCAGCAACAACCGGGUCAACUAUUGCAACAACAAGCGAUUUAACUACUGCAACAACAGGCGAUUCAACUACUACAUCAACAGGCGAUUCAACUACUGCAACAACAGGCGAUUCAACUACUGCAGCAACAGGCGAUUCAACUACUGCAACAACAGGUGUUUCAAAUACUGCAACAACAGGCGAUUCAACUACUCCAGCAACAGGCAAUUCAAUUACUGCAACAACAGGCGAUUCAACUACUGCAACAACAGGCGAUUCAACUACUGCAACAACAGGUGAUUCAACUACUCCAGCAACAGGUGAUUCAACUAGUACAACAGCAGGCGAUUCAACUACUGCAACAAUAGGCGAUUCAACUACUGCAGCAACAGGUGAUUCAACUACUCCAGCAACAGGUGAUUCAACUAGUACAACAGCAGGCGAUUCAACUACUGCAACAAUAGGCGAUUCAACUACUGCAGCAACAGGUGAUUCAACUACUCCAGCAACAGGUGAUUCAACUAGUACAACAGCAGGCGAUUCAACUACUGCAGCAACAGGCGAUUCAACUACUGCAACAACAGGCGAUUCAACUACUGCAGGAACAGGCGAUUCAACUACUGCAACAACAGGCGAUUUUACUACUGCAACAACAGGCGAUUCAAAUACUGCAACAGCAGGCGAUUCAACUACUGCAGCAACAGGCGAUUCAACUACUGCAACAACAGGCGAUUCAACUACUGCAGCAACAGGCGAUUCAACUACUGCAGCAACAGGCGAUUCAACUACUGCAACAAAAACAACUCCUUUCAAAGAUCCCUGCAAUUCAAAUCCCUGUGGCACUGGAAGCACCUGUGAGGUCCGUUAUAAUGACACAUAUGUAUGCUUGUGCCUGGCUGGUGAUUCCUACAACAAUGUUUCAAACAGUUGUGAACGUUCCAAAAUUUUCCCUGGAAAACUUCAACUAAAUAAAGAAUUUAAUGACAAAAUGAGAGACCGCACAUCAAAGGAAUUUAAAGAAACUGCUGAUAUAAUUAUUGCUGAGCUUGAUAACGUUUAUAACGGGAAGAACGGUUACUUUGGAUCUAUAGUGCUGAAACUCCUGCCAAGCACCACUUCUAGGUCAAGGAAUACGGCUUUGAAGGUCGAUGCAUUAGUAGACAUCUCCUUCAAAGCCAGUUCUGAGAUCAAAGAAGCUGACGUUAUACAAACAUUAAAAGAGUGUACGGACUGUAACGUGAUUGGGAAGACCUUUGAGACUACGGACCUGUGUGAUGACAAUCCCUGUGAUGAAAAAAAUACAAAUUGCACAUCAAGCGAUGGAACUUUCAACUGUACUUGUAAUGAAGGCUACAAGAAAACAAACUACAGUACUAGAAUGUGCAUUGCUACUUGUGCCCUUGGGGAAAAAUUGAAGGAUAAUAAGUGCGUGAAAUGCUCGUUUGGUUAUUCUGGUUUUAACUGCUCAGAAAACUGGCAGCUCAUUCUGGUAAUCGUGGGUUCUUUGCUUGGAGGACUGCUGCUCAUAGCCCUCAUCCUUCUACCAGUAGUAGCUACCCCAAAAUCAAACAAAAUCUCCAAGAAGAGCAAAAGUGCAGAAAUGGAAAAACCCUACACUAACCUGAGUUCUGCCUCACAACCGAUGGCUAGCAAUAAGUUUGGCCACAGCCAGGGAGUCUCAUUUAAUGGGUCAGCCAAUGGCCAUUCAGGUUUUCAGAAUGGUGCAGUGCCCAUGUUUCCACGAGCUGCCACCACCACCAACAGCUGGGAUAACAGGACCAACCUGGAGAUGAAACCAAGCAACGACCUACAAAAAGCCAAUGGCCAUUCAGGUUUUCAGAAUGGUGCGGUACCCAUGUUCCCACGAGCUGCCACCACCACCAACAGCUGGGAUAACAGGACCAACCUGGAGAUGAAACCAAGCAACGACCUACAAAAAGCCAAUGGCCAUUCAGGUUUUCAGAAUGGUGCGGUACCCAUGUUCCCACGAGCUGCCAACCCCACUAACAGCUGGGAUAACAGGACCAACCUGGAGAUGAAACCAAUCAACGACCAACAAAAAGCCAAUGGCCAUUUAGGUUUUCAGAAUGGUGCGGUACCCAUGUUCCCACGAGCUGCCAACCCCACUAACAGCUGGGAUAACAGGACCAACCUGGAGAUGAAACCAAUCAACGACCAACAAAAAGCCAAUGGCCAUUUAGGUUUUCAGAAUGGUGCGGUACCCAUGUUCCCACGAGCUGCCGCCACCACCAACAGCUGGGACAACAGGACCAACCUGGAGAUGAAACCAAACAAUGGCCAACAAAACUUUGGACAUAUGAACAGUGGCUCGUGAAUACAUGAUGAACAAGAGGACAUACGCCCAUACGCUCAGGCUCGACCUCAGAACAACCCUUAUGCCCAGAAUCAACCCAAGAUGAACCCGUAUAUUCAGAAACAAGGCCACAGCAACCGGCACUACACACAUGAUGAUUGAAGACAAUAUUAGUAGUACAAAAUCAGAAAGGCUCACUAUACAAUGACAGGUUUGUGUUUUUAAAUGUAUUUUAUAAUUACUGUAUGUAAUGAAUCUUAUGUAACUGACUACAGUACAAGCUGUCAUAAACGAAUCAUGUUUGAUUGUGACUACUUUAUAUCAAGUUGGUGGUAUGAUUUGGAGGACUGGUCUUAUUUUUUUUUUCUGUUUUGGUUAAUUGAAGUAUGAGUUAUUGAAGAGUUGUCUAUUCAAACUGAACAAGAAACCUGGACACUCAUGUCCAAAUAUAAUGCGAUAAUGAGGAGCUGCUUAAUAUUGUUUGUUGUCUGAUUAAUGCUUCAUUCAUGUAUAAGUUCACUUUUUUAGUGUAAAUGUCUUAAAGUUUUGAAAUGAACUUACAUUUGAUGUUUAAUUCAGUUGUUAUGAAUGAGAUGAGUUUCUUCUAAUAAAAUUAUAAGAACCUGCAUGUAGGAUAUAUUAGCAUCAAGCAAUGAGGUUGAACAAGGAUGUGUGUGUGUGUGUGUGUGUGUGUGUGUGUGUGUGUGUGUGUGUGUGUGUUUCAGUGACCUGGUCAGUUCGAUUCCUGACCAAAGCGUCUGUAUUGAGUAAGGGUCCCUAGACACCCCAUGAUAACCAAACUUACCUUGGAUAUGAGUGAGAGACGGAUAACUGAAGCCAUACUGGCUGGUUGAGAUCUCUGUCCAGAAAAAGUGCAUUUCAAGCAACAACAAAGACACAGCAAAGGACCCUCAAGCUCCGAGCUUGAAGAAUAGACCGUCCACAGGGGUGAGAGGGGAAUUUUUAAAAAUAUAUAUAAAUAAACAAGCCCCUAUUUUUAAAGGUCAUUCACUCUGGUCCUUUAAAUUCUCUUGCUUCUCUAUCUAUAAGUUGCAGA